AUGGUGCCUACAGCCAAGGAAACAGGGCGAAAUCUAACAGCAAUUUCUGAAUUCAUCCUUUUGGGAUUUGGAGAUCUGCCUAAGCUACAGAUCUUUCUUUUCCUACUGUUCUUGGUGAUCUACUCGUUAACCAUGGCUGGAAAUCUACUCAUUGUGAUGCUAGUUGUGUCUGAUAGACACCUGCACACCCCCAUGUACUUCUUCCUGGGGAACCUAUCCUUCUUGGAAUCCUGCUACAGCACAACCAUCCUGCCUAAGAUGUUGUCCAGCUUCUUGACUGGGGAAAAACGUAUAUACAUAAGAGCUUGCUUUACGCAAUUUUUCAUUUUUUCUUGCUUAGGAGGUACUGAAUGCUACUUACUAGCUGUGAUGUCUUACGACAGGUACUUAGCAAUAUGUAAGCCACUCCAUUAUGCUGCUCUUAUGAGUGGCAGACUGAGCUUCCAGUUAGCAGCUGUGUCUUGGUUCAGUGGAGUUCUAGUUGGCACAAUCGUAACUUUGGCAGUUUCAUGGUUAUCCUUUUGUGGCCCCAAUGAAAUUGAUGAUUAUUUUUGUGAUUUUGGUCCUAACAUAAGAUAUAUUUCUUGCAGUGAUACCCACUUAUUUGAACUAUCAGCCUUCAUAUCUACUAGCUUAUUUACUCUGCCUCCAUUUGUCUUCACUGUGGCAUCUUAUGUUUUCAUCAUACAUACAGUCCUCAAAAUCCCAUCCACUACUGGGAGACAAAAGGCCUUCUCUACUUGUUCUUCUCACCUCAUUGUGGUUAGUCUGUUCUAUGGAAGUCUGAUGCUUGUCUAUAUGUUACCAUGCUCCAAGAAACUAAGAAACAUGAAAAAGGUCUUCUCUCUUGUCUACACAGUUUUGACCCCCCUGGUCAAUCCUCUCAUCUACAGCCUGAGAAACAAGGAAGUGAAGGGGGCCAUGAAAAAAGGUUUUAGAUCGCUUUUCAUGUUUAUAACACUAUGA